GUCGAUUUGGAAAGAAAACACAAAGAUAAAUCGUUGCAAUGCAGUAUUUGAGAUAUUUUCUCGAUGUUUAUUUGUAUUAUUUUAUUUAUCGAAGAUAAGAGUAAUUUGAUUGUUCUUAUCAAACAUGCACGGGGAACGCCGUUUGAUUUGCGAAUUUUUUCUUUUGAAAAAUUAGGCAUUUUGUCUGCAUGUGGACAAACAGAGAUGGGGUAUUAAAUCAUCGGAAUACAAUUUGAGUGUUUUUUGGCAUUUUUUCCCCUCCUAUUCACUGAUGUAAAUCUAGAAAUCAGAAGCAUUGUUUAAAUAAGGGAGUAAGGUUUUUAACUUUAUAAGUAAACAGCGCGGAAACUAAUGGCAGUCUAGACAAGCUUUGAGACCUGCUCAGCAGGGCCAUUUCUCGAGUCUUAUAUUGUCUUAACUUCUGUUCAAAUGUGUACUUAUACAAGUGACAAGGGGGUCAGGGAUACAACAAACAAAACUUAGUAAAGACAAUAGAAACGACGUACAGUGGUAAUAUUCACCCAUCCUUACAAUUACUCUUGAAGAACAAGCGCUAGUAUUUUAUACAAAUAAUGAAUUAGGUCAUUUCUGUGAACACUUGUCAGUUUUACAGCUUCGCAAUCAACACGCAAAAUUCCAUACAUCAAAUCUUCACAUGGUCCGAAAUCGGACAAUCCUUUGUUCUUCGUGACUUGAAGUUAAGUCCCAGUUUCUUGUAAUUUCUUAUCUGUUGUGUACAGGUGAAGUCGUUCUGAAGGAAUGAAGCACAAAGAACUAUGAUAGCUAAUUUCGAGAAACCCAGAAAAUGAUGGAAAUAGAAACCCUUUCGUGUAUUCCUACAUCAACGUCCAUUCUUCCACUUGCAAGUGCACCAAGAAGUAGUACACCUAUCACUAAGACACCUUCAUCACCGCAAAGUAGUACGCCGCCUAGUGAAUCAACAGACGAUAGCUCACCUAAUACCAGUACAGUUGGAAUUGGUUCACCUUUGAACUUUGCUAUUGAAAGUCGUGGUAAUAACAUUCCAUUUAAUCAGCCGCCAUCUUGUAUAACAUCUCCACUGAACUGUCAUAACUUACAAGAUUUCAAAACUGCCAAAAUGAUUAUUGACGCUUCCAAUCAUAAUGAAGAUAUGGAUAUAUCAUCCGAUGCUGAUUGUACGUCUGAGAAGGAAAAGAUCGCUAUUGCUGCCAUCACAGACUUGUCCAGACAGUCUCCAAAUGGUGUCCUUAGCAACAAGCUAGAUUCCCGCUCUUUUCCUGCAGUGCCUGAAAUGAGUCCAACCACAUCUGGUGACGGUGACAAUGAUCGCACUUCUAGUCCAGCUUCCUCGGAGCCAACACAAGAAAAACAGAGAUCCCGGAGAAAACCUUCUCUGGAAGAUAUCGUCAGAAGGAUGAAGCCGACAGAUGACUGUUUUUAUACAGAUGAUGAGAGUGAAGAUGAAGAAUUGAAUGGCUCUCUGUCAAUAGAUAUGGCUAGACGAUCCGAUGAGGUCGAUGGUUCUGUUGAAGUCAGCAUGAUCCACAAUAACCCAAUAGAUCGAAAAGACAUUCCAGAAAUCACCAAAAACAUUAAUAUUGGUUCUCUUAAAAGAGAAAGUCAUGCUAAUGUCAAUGACCUUUCCGAUUCCAAAGAAAAUUUCCCAGCAUUCCCUAAUGGCAGCUUACCCCCAUCCUUUCCACUUGCUUCCAAUAUCAGCGAAACUGCUUUUUCUCCCGGAUUUAUCAACAAUAAGCAUUGGUUCAAUGGAUCUUUUAAUGGCCUUCCUAUGUUUCCCUUUCCACCCAGUCAGAUGGAUCCAUCUAUGGUGCAUAAAUUUCUUCCAUUUGACAACAAACUGGCAGCAGAAGUAGAAAAAGAUUAUUUGAAGUGUCAGUAUUGUGAGAGAACCUUCCGUCGACAGAAAAACCUGGAAAACCACAUAGAAAAUACCCACCAUGGUAAAAGUCCAGUACGACGUAAGCCUGAGAAUGGAAACUCGAACGACAUGUAUUUUAAAUGUACUCACUGUCCGUACACAACAAAGCAUCAGAGUAACUUGUAUGUUCACAUCAGAAUUCAUACAGGUGAGAGACCGUAUAUAUGUGGAGCAUGCGGAGUACAAUAUAGCCAAAGUCACAGUUUAAAGAGUCACAUUAUCAACAAACAUGAUGGUAUCAUGUCUUACUAUAUCAAAGAGAAGAGAACACGCUCCCCCCGGGGUAUGGGGUAUCUGGCAAACGCAAUGGCUGGGGAUAGCAACAUGUUCAAGCUACCCCCUCCCCUUCUACCACACGGCAUACCAGGACUACCACAUAAUUUUGAUUUGAAUAAAUCCAUGGAGAUGAUGAGAAACACAGAGCAGAUGAUCCACCAUCAUCAACAACAACAGCAACAGCAACAACAACAACAGCAACAACAUUCUCCUCAUCUCUACACCAAAUUACCCUUCAUCAACGGACACGCUUCUCCUAAUUAUGGUGAUGUUCCUGCUAACCGAAGUCCUGGCUCCUUCCAGAUGCCAGCCAAUGCUCAGAUGCCAAGUACUCCAGUACCACCAGUUCCUAGCUACCAACCCAGUAACUCCCCAGCUCCCCUCACCCCUAACAACAGUAUCAAUACCAAAAAGCAAAGCACAGGAGGAGAUGAAUGUGGAGCGAUUGAUCUGAGCAAGAAGAAUGAACCACAGGAGAAAACCAUCUCACCAAUCAAAGAAAACACAAAACACCUGAAUCUAAAUCAACACUCGAGAUGUGCCAAUUGCUUGUAUGCCCCGAAACUCAAGAUGCUUCGACUUAACGUGGUCAAGAUGCUGAGUAUACUGGUACCUAAUCUGAAUUUUGAAGAGAAGGGAAUAAGUGCUGACAGUGACUCGGUUGACGAGUUGCUACAGGAUGUUAUCGAGAGCAACACACACGAUGAAGAUGCGUGUAUGACUGACUGCUGAUCUAUAGAAUCGUCUUAAAUCUGCUUCACAACUGAUGCAGGGUUGUAAACCUAUAUUUUUCGAAUAAUUGGAUGUAUACCAAUUUAGAGUGCUCUUUUAUUAUUUUUGUGUAAACUGUCUCUAAAGAGAGUGCAUUGUUGAAUUGUUUAUGCACUUGUUACAAGAUGUAUUAUCUGUAUUAAUGGUGCAUGGGAGGUAACUCCACACAAUGGAGUGUGCAAUAGACCAUCUAUACAUGUAUAAUACCAACACACGCCACCCACGUAUAUAUAUAUAUAUAUAUAUAUACAUAUCAUAUUUUAUUGUAUUAUGUAUGUACUAUAUAUGUAUACCAUCAUGAUUCUUAUAGUACGAAGUACUGGUCACAAAUUUAUUAUUAUUAUUAUAUAUGUUAUGUGAAACACCAUCCAUUGUCAAGCUUUCUUAAUACCUUAUUACGAGAGUCGAGUAAUGAGAAAAAAGAAUUUAUUGUAAACAUGCCAAGCUACUUAGAUUUACUUGUACAGGAACAAAAUCUUAUAGAUCUGACCAUAUAACUUAAAUCUAAGUGUUUGAAUUAAUGUUGAUAAACUAGUUUGAAGGGAGGUAACUCUAUUUAAGGUAGAGAUACUUGUGAAAUAAGAUUGCUUUGCUGACAACUUCUCAUCGAACAUCAAAUCAUAUGAUAUAUAGAUAAUAUUCUUACCACCACAGAUCAAAGACAGUUAUAUUUAUUUCACAUAAAGAUCAGUUGAUCGACCCCCACCAAUCCUACCCUAAAACAGUAUUUAAGUUAUGGAAUUUGUUACUUAAGUAUAUUGAUGAAGCUAUGAUAAGUUUCGGAGGUUUGCUUUCUCCCAUUAGUAUUUUACCAGUAUUUUUCAUUGGCUUGUCCUUAUAAAAAAUGUUAGAUCUUUGUUAAUCCCUAAUCCUGUACAGGAUUAAGUUUUUUUCUAUUAUUUGUAUUAUCUUGCAAGGAUUUUGUCAUUUAUUCAUUCAUUUUAUUAAGUGAUUUAACCACACCCAUUCCACCUGGUACAGUUUACUGUUAGACUGGGAAUUAUUGAGAUAUAAAUUAAUUAAUGCAAAGUCUGUAAAGAUAAUUUUAAGAUAAAUAUGCAACUUAAGAGUAAAUUUCUUUAUUUACAAAAUACUUAAGUUAUUCACAAUAAUUUCCAGCUUCACAGUAAAUCUGUGUAUUAACUAAGUAUCAAAAAUAUCAUUUCCAUUCAUUUUCAAUAUUGUUGAUCAAAGUUUAAUUAUUGCAUUCCAGUCAUUUUAUGUAGAUGCUUAAAGCAUUCCAUUUGACCCAUUUUUUCAUUAGAUUGCAAUUCUGCAACAUUUCCAAAAGAUCAUUUUAAUUUAUACAUGAAUCAUUCUCACAUUACCUACGUUUUGUGUGUAGUAUUUGUAUCGUAUGUCUCGAAUCAUGAACAAGCCCACAUCACAAAGAGUUAUUUAGUUUGAUACAAGAACUAUUUAUAUAUUAUAUUAUUAGUAUUAAGAUCAAAAAUUUUAAAAAUAUUAUAAAUUUAGCCAAAGUCCAAAGAAAUCAACUUUAUUAUAUGUGUACUACUUAAAAGUAGGAAAACAUUUUAAAAAAAAAUAAAUAAAAAUUCUUUUUAUAUUGGUUGUGAAACGAAGUUGAAAUAUUUCACUAACGGUACGAUUAGCCUAGCAAUAUGUACGUUUAGUAUAGCAAUAUUAUAUAUUUCAUAAACAUGGCUACUGUUUAUAUGUAUAUUACUACGGUGUUUGAUCACAAUAUCAUGGCAAAUUAUGUUCCCUUCGACCCAAAAAAACAAGCAAUAAUUAUUGUUAAGCAAUUGGAGCAGCUUAUUACAACGUGCUGAUUUUGAUUUUCUUGAAUAUUUGUAAAACUGCUUUUAGAGCUGAGAUCUAUUUUUAUAUACCCAAAUCUUUUAGUCUAUUGGAUUUAUUCCUAACUUUAAUAUAAAUACGUUUGUUGUGAGUCUUCAUGAUUAUGUCUUCCUUUUGAAAAUUAUAAUAACUUGGGAGUUAGAACUACACACGGCAAAUUAUUAUUAAUUAUUAAUUAGAAAUUUAAAUAUUUAAUUAAUGAAGAUAUGGAGCCUGCUCCCGAGAAUUAUAUCUUAAACGGGGGCGGAGGAUUAAAAGCGAUAUAUAUUAAUAUGAUAUCGUCAGUUUGUAUAUAUUAUACACUUUUUAUGUGGUUGUGAAAUACUAUAAAUGAAUGAACCAGACAGCCUUUACGAUGAUAAAAUAAAUGUCCUUCUAUAUAAAUAUAAUGUUGUAUUAACUAUAUUAUGUGUACUUAAAUGUUGUUUUGUAAAGAAGAAAACAAUAUGAACUUAUAUCUAAAUAUACCAUAUAAUACGUCCAGUCCAGUCUGCGCCCCGCCCACCGUACAUAUGUAACCUGGGGCCAGACAUAGGGAGCCAUUUUUUGUUUGUCAUUAUAUAUUUUCACUAUAGGUUUCAUGACAGAACCUUGCUAGUCAAUUCAUAUUUUCACCCACUUUUCAGACGAGGGGCCACUCUUAUCAAAUUCUUUCAUCCAUCAAGCAAAACUUCUAAAUAAUAACAUCAAAAUAUUGUCUAUUUUUGCUGCCAGACUAUUGUCUGCUAAAUUUAACCAAAUAUAAAUCAUGUUAUACAUAUCAUCUUCAUGAAGUUUGAGAAGAACUGCCAAAUUAUUUUAUUCAUUUAAAUCGUAUCUUGGUCUACACAUCUUUAUGAAUCUCAAGCAUUAAACCUUUCUACAUACCGGCAAUAUUAACUGUUAUCACAUCAUAAAAUCUUAUUUAAACAGUGAAGUGAUAAUUGAUCAAUUUGACACAAACUUAAUUUUGAUAUUUGAAUCUGAAUUGUUGUAUUAUGAUCAGAUAAUUAAAAUCAAAAAUGUAUUACAUCGUAAAAUUUGCAUGCUUUUAAGUUUGAUAAUUAUAUUUGGCACUUCUUCUCAGUUGAAGAUUUUGAUUUUUGUGGCCUCUGAAAAUUAUAAAACCAUUUCAUCGUCAUCCAGCAGAUAUGUUGUUGAUUUUGUUGAAAAGAUGUCGGGUUGCAUUUUGUACCGGUGCAUCUUCCUCUGUUUUGUUAUGGUUUUUAUUAUUAUUUUGAAGUGUUUAUAAGAUAUUUUUGUUUGUUUUUGAUAUAAUUUUGAAAUCAUGGUAUGUUGCUACAAGUAUUUUUAUUUCCUAAUCCUAACCCAGAACACUGCCUUUGUAUUUUUUUUUAUAUUAUUAAGUAACGAACCAAGCCAAUGAUGUGCUACAUUCUUACUGCGCCAUGUUACAGAAAAUGCAUUUCUUAAAGCAAUACUCAAUAUUGUUAUUUUUGCAUUUGCUAGAAUUUGUUUGGAUAUUUUUAUGGAUUGAAGAAAUUCUAAAACAUACUUUGAAAAAAGUUUAGAAAUUAUUAAUGGUAUUUGUCUUACAAAAAUUUCUUUGAAAAGCCGACUUUCAAAAUACAUUCAUUAUCUUUAAAUGAUGUUUAAUGUCAGACUCCAAAAAAGUCCAUGAUUCAAAAAGAAAUGAUUUGUGUAACAAUAAUUUUGUUGAACAGGAAAUCAAGACCUAGUUAUCAUUAAAUUAAGAGGCUUGACAUAUGCAAAGAAUCAACGAGUAGGUGACAAGUUGCAGGGAAAUUGAGUUUUUGGGAAAUUUUGAAAAUAUACCCGACACUGGCAACCACUCAAAGUUGAUUUUAAACAUGUCCAUUAGGAGAUUUAUGCAAUUAUAUUCAGCCAAAAAUUGAUUAUUUUUAUUUACUGAUAUUUAGGUCUUGAUCUUGAUAAGCAUUUUCUUCUGUUUUUGUGCCAGACAAAUUUACCUGCCUUUUAUUGUGUUCAGUAUUGAAUCUAGUCCACGCCAAUUCAUUAUAUUUUGUCUACGGACGUCAUUAAUUCAUGAUUGCAUUUGAGCACCGUUCCAAUUAAUCAGGCAUGCCUUAGCUUUUGUUUUCUUCAGAGACAUUCCUGUAGCUUUUUUUGAAACUGAAUCUCCGCAUCCUUUAAGUAUUGGUUUCUGUGGUUAUUGUUAAGAUAUCAAGACAAAUAGUUUAAAGGUUACAAAUAAGGAAAUCAUGCUUCAAAGAGGAGGUAACUCAGUUUCAAACAUUUGCUAUUGAAGCAGACUGAUUUGAUUCCAUGUGUUCGUCAUUCCCUUCACUGAGUAACAAAAACUCACAGACCACUUUUAAGUUUUUAUUUUCAAUAUAUUACAAAUAUUAUUGUUAAGUUACUUAUAUUACUUAUAUUACUCCUCAUUAUUUUUAUUAAAAAAUAUAUCCAAAUAUCAUAUUUUAGAAAUCUGAUCAAAAAUAAUUAUAUGAUUGUAGAUUUUGCCAACAUUCUACUUAAAUAACAUACAUUCCACCAAUUAUGAUUAAUGCCAAAAAAAUUGUCAAUUAUUGUUGAUAAUGACGAUCUCCUACAAUUUUAUUUUAUGUUUUUCUCCGCGUUAUUUUGUUAAUGAAUAAAAGUACUUAAGUUUUUAGUGUACAUGUAUGCUACGCAGUGUAUCACUUGAAAUGCCAAUUCCGUGUUCAGUGGCAAUAAUUAUAUAGUAAUUGUACUUAGUUAAAAGGAUUACCGCCAUAUUUAAAUUAAAGAAAGUGGGAAGUCUUACUAUGGGGAUACUGCUGUUUAUAUUAUUAUAGUGUUAAAUGUAAACAAAUUAUUUUCUAGAUAUAUCAUAUAAAUAUAUUUGGCAAUAAUUACUUAGCAAAGAUGUUUUUUUUUUUAGAUAUAGAGAGUCCUCUCGUUAUUAAGAAAGUCAAAUUGUUGUAUAAUGUGAAAUCUAUGACAAAAAUUUAGCCUAGAAAGUGUGUACGAAUGUUGAAACCAUUGAGUAUUGUAUUGUCUCUGCAUGUCUGUUUUGUCUGUUUUUGUCUGUUUUUGGACAUCAUGUCAAUCCGUUAUAAAGUGAGACUGUUGUCCCGUUCAUUAUCUAGACUCGUGGUUUUGAAAUAGCCAAACUACUUAAUUCUUCAAGCUUCUGUAAUGUUUAUAUGGACACACGUGACUCGCAUCGUAUUAUAGAACAUGUUAAUGUUUAUUUUUUGCCAGGAACGAAAAAAAAAAAAUCCUCUUUUUUAAAAAGAAAAAAAAAGGAGAAUUGUUGUCUUUUUUUGGUGAACCAAAGAUAGAAUUGAGGAAUGUUUCCUUUAAUGUAUAUUUUGUCAAUAUAUAUACAAAUGUCUUCCUGAUAAGUGUGAUGUAGUCUGCGUUUUAACCCGGAUAAUCCCGAUGUUCAAAUCCUUCGGUAGAACAAAUCGUAUGCAAAGAAUUCAUGUCUCCAAUUUACCCGUUGUUUUCAUAUAUCUCUUUUUUUUUUUCCUCUUUUUUUUUUUGUUUGUUUAUUUUUGUUUGUAUAUAUACAUAGCUCCAAAAUUUGUUAGAAUUACUUGUUUUGAUUUUUUUUUAUAUUUUAGUAUAAUUAUUAUUAUUAUUAUUAUUAUUAUACCCUGUGUUGAGCUUUAUGAACAUUAUUUAAUGUUUAAUUCGGUUUAUUCAUAUCAAUAGGCAGUUAUCGUAUAAGGCACAUGUUGAUUUUGUUUUUGCCAUGUACUUAUUUAGCUGGGUUGUGAAGUCUUAUUUUAACCUAUAUUUAAUUAGGUAAAAUAACUUGUAUUUUCAAAUUUGAAGCCAAAAAUCAUAAAAAUAUUUUCUCAAAAUUAACAUAUCAAAAUCCAACUUGUGCUGAAAUCCUAUUGUUUAGAUAUCAUAAAACGUGCUAUUUUUUUAUGUUUAAUUUCAAGUUUUUCUCUCAAAGUGCUUCAACAUUAAAUGGAGAAUUGUCUAAGUUUUGUUUCUGGUAACUAGAUGUAUUUUUUUUCUCAAUGUAGUAUUUUGCUUUCUUUUUAUUCAAAAUUACCAGCUGAAUGAUUUAUGAAUCACAAAAGUUAAUUUUUCAUAAGGCAAACGACAUAUGCAAAUUGUAUAUUAUUUUGGGUUUAAGCAAAAUUUUAUGACUUUUAAGAGUAAUGUACAUAUCAGAAGGAUAUUACGAUAUCAUGCACUUUUUUUUGGUUAUUUUAUUUUUGUCUGCGUGAAUUCUGAUUCUGGCUUAUAUUAUGUGAUCGUCAGUAAAUGUGCAUAUUAAAGAGUGUGAAUGUUCAUGUGUAGCUUAGAAGCAAAUAAAGAUAUAAAAAAAAUAAAA